CCAAUCCGCGGGCGCGGUGCUCCUCUCCGUGCGGUCGGGAGCUCGGCUGAUUUACUGGACUUGGGGACUUGUUUUAAAACGCGUGUAAAUUUGUUUUACACGGAUUUGGAAAGAUUGGAAGUCCGCGAGCCGAGUGUGUGCAGUGUGGAGACAUUUUCUGGAGCGAGGGGAAGGUUUCUGCUGUCGUGUUUUGCGCGUUGAAGCUCUCUAAAGUAAUGUUAAGCGCGCGGUGAAAGUUCGUGGGUGAGCGGCGGCGAGCUAAGGCUAGCUAACCUAAUGUUACUGGUAGCUCGACGUGGCUAAAGCUGAACUUAGCGGCUUUAGAGUUAAGUUGAACAAACGUUGUGUGACGGGAGACGGAGGCUUUGAUUAAGUAAGUUAAACAGUUUCAGAGAAGUUUAGGUAACUAUCACUUUUUCUACGCACUUUCUACCUGUUUAAUGGCUUGGUUGAGCUCAAUUGGAGCUAAAUUAAAGCGGACUCGGGCAGGUAGGCUGGAGUCUGCACCUGUAGCCUCGUUGUUGCUUGUAGCUAGGCUAGCUAAAUAGUGUUAACUAACAAACCGAGUGUGGCCUGGUGUAAAGGAGGCAUUAUGUGGCUUUAAACUUUGUAGAAAAGUUCCAUAUAAGUUGACAACAUUUGUUUAUUUCACUGUGUGUAAAAAAACUACUGGAAAUCCACUUUUUAAGUAAGUUUCAAAGAGUGACAGUAGGCUAACUAACCCUAGCUUAGUUAGCUAACGUUCUAGCUGUUGCACUAAUGCUGGAGACACACUGCACUCACUGCAGUAUCAGACUGCUGCUGCUGAUUCUGGCGUACGUGGAAAGAAAGCGAUGAGUGACCACAACUUCCUAGACCAGAGACUCUUCCAGGAUGCAGAUUUUAACUUCUACAAGGUGUCUGACUAAUGGAGAUCUUUGAAAACCUAUAGGAAGAGUGUAAAUCCAAUGACAUGGCAUCUACUAUCCACGCUUUCCCUAAAAAUUCUCACCUGAAGAGUGACCCUAAUCAAUAAGAGAACUUCCACCCCUGAAGCUCAAUGUGAGCGCAUCUUAGGGUGCUCCUGCUGGCCAGCAGCCAUGGAUCCUCCCCAGGUCGUGUCCCAGAGCGGUGAGGGGUACCAAGCAGAGCCCCCUGGCCGCCCGUGGCACCCCCAUUCUGCACCGGUAUGCACCCGCUCACGCUCACUGUGGACUGCAGCAUACGACUAUGAGGCCACUGGUGAGGAUGAACUGAGCCUGCGCCGUGGAGACAUUGUGGAAGUGCUAUCCAAGGAUGCAGCCGUUUCAGGGGAUGAAGGCUGGUGGACCGGCAAACUCAACCACCGUGUGGGCAUCUUCCCCUCCAAUUAUGUCACAUUCCAACCCACUGUUUACAGACGGGAGGCUGUGCCUGCUUCCCCCGUGCAGAUACCCUUCAGUGAGCUGGUACUGCAAGAGAUCAUCGGCGUUGGAGGUUUUGGUAAGGUGUACCGGGGCACCUGGAAGGAGCAGGAGGUGGCUGUGAAGGCAGCGCGCCAGGACCCUGAUGAAGACAUCAUGGCUACAGCAGAGAGUGUGAAGCAGGAAGCCAAGCUCUUCUCUAUGCUGCAGCACCCCAACAUAAUAAAAUUUGAGGGAGUGUGUUUAAAUGAGCCCAACCUGUGCCUGGUGAUGGAGUAUGCUCAAGGAGGUACUCUCAACCGGGCCCUCGCAGGCCGGAGGAUACCCCCUCAUAUUCUGGUGAACUGGGCUGUGCAGAUUGCCAGAGGCAUGCACUACCUCCAUGAAGAUGCAGUGGUGCCUAUCAUUCAUCGAGAUCUGAAGUCCAGCAAUAUUUUAUUACUUGAAAAAAUUGAGAACAAUGACAUUGGUAGAAAAACACUGAAGAUCACUGACUUUGGCCUCGCCAGGGAGUGGCACAAGACGACCAAAAUGAGUGCUGCUGGUACCUACUCUUGGAUGGCUCCUGAGGUCAUCAAGUCCUCCCUGUUUUCCAAAGGCAGUGAUGUAUGGAGUUAUGGAGUACUUCUCUGGGAAUUGCUGACUGGAGAAGUACCUUAUCGUGGUAUUGAUGGUUUGGCAGUUGCCUAUGGUGUAGCUGUCAACAAAUUAACCCUUCCCAUCCCAUCUACUUGCCCUGAGCCUUUUGCUAAGCUAAUGGAAGAAUGCUGGGAUCAGGAUCCCCACGUCCGGCCAACAUUCGCUGCCAUCCUGGAGCAGCUGACCGCCAUAGAGGAAGCUGUGAUGGCCACCAUGCCACAGGACUCCUUUCAUUCAAUGCAAGAGGACUGGAGGGUGGAGAUCCAGGAGAUGUUUGAUGAGCUGCGAACUAAAGAGAAGGAGCUUCGUUCUCGUGAAGAGGAACUGACACGGGCGGCGCUGCAGCAGAAGUCCCAUGAGGAACUCCUGAAGAGGAGGGAACAGCAGUUGGCCGAGAGAGAGAUCAACGUACUUGAGCGUGAGCUCAACAUCCUCAUUUUUCAGCUCAACAAGGACAAGCCUAAUGUCAAGAAGCGAAAGGGCAAGUUCAAGCGCAGUCGCCUGAAACUGAAAGAUGGCAAUCGCAUCAGCUUGCCCUCAGAUUUUCAACAUAAGAUCACAGUGCAAGCUUCACCUUCCAUGGAGAAGAGGAGGAGCUUGAACAGCAACAGUUCCAGCCCCCCCAGCAGUCCUACCCUCAUCCCUCGCCUUCGUGCCAUCCAACUGAGCUGUCCCAGUGACUCUAUUCAAAGGGACAGUAUAUAUGUGUAUCAUCAAGACGUGGAUAUCACAAGCGAGUGUAAACCUCGUACAGGGAGAAGAGUAACUCUGGAUGAAAGUAACCGGACAUGGGGCAGAAGCACAAUUUAUAAGCCUGAGGAGUUUGAGGAUGUCAAGAAAGGAAUAAAGAAGAAGGUUCGGACGUGGGGGCCAAGCUCCAUUCAGAACAAGGAGAGAGGAAACUGUGCUGAAAGAGUUCGACCACUCUCAGACGGAAGCAAUCCUUGGUCUACUAGUCUGAUGAAGUCCCAGAAGUCUGUUCCCCUGGCUGCAUUAUUUGCUGAGCAGGGGAUGGGUAAAGAUGAAGUGAGCUCUACGGAUGGUCCAGACAACAAACCAAAGCAACUCAAGUUCCCUAAUCAGGUCUAUAUUGAUCUACCUCUGUGGAAGGAUGAGCUGGGUGAAGGGUUGGGGUCUGGUGCAGGGGCUGGUGGUGCAGAAAGCCAGGAGGACCCCACCACUUCCACCAGCUCUACCAGCACCACCCCUCAGCACACGCCCACCAACAGCCUAAAGCGCUCGAGCGGCCGCCGCCGCACUGACUAUAUGCUCUAUGGCUGCGCCUCCAUUCUAGCCUCUGUUGCUCUGGGUUUUGACUUACGAGAAGUUCACAAGGCCGCAGCCAGCGAGGAACCAGAGCCACAAAAGGAGGAGAAGAAAAAACGUGAGGGCCUCUUCCAGCGAGCCACACGCUUCCGCCGCAGCACAAGCCCCCCCGGCAGCCGCUUACGAAAGGACGAUUCUACAGCAGCUCCUGUCAACCUGCUCGCCAUGUCCUCCAUCUCAGAGUGCAACUCAACCAAGUGUCUCCUGCAUUCGGACUCUGAAGGGCUUGAGCACAGCCCAGUGAAGGAGUCCCUGCCUGAUGGUUCCAGGUUAAAUCCAGUUGGCCAGGCAUCAUCCCCAGCUCAGAGUGGCAGGACACAAGGCACAGGAGAUGGUCCUGAGCAAGAACAUCAUCCUGCCCCUGGCUCCCGGCUAAGGAGGAAGAAGUCAAACCCUGCUGUCUGUCAUAACACUGGAAACGGAAGCCCUAUGGCCAACCCUGCUAUUGAACCCCCUGCCAUCUCGUCCUCCCAGAGAAAGAAACUUAACCGAGAGAACAGCCAGGAGAAGCAUAUCCCUCAAGAAUCAGUGUCCAGACCCAGACCCCUCUCGCUAAGAGGUAAACCCCAUUCCUGGGGCCUUUUGAGGAGUCGGAACAAAAGCUACUCUCUUGGGCAUUACUCGGGAGAGAAGAGUGCUCAGAACCUCGGGAUUGUCCUCUCGUCGGAGGGCAAAGUGGGCUGCUCUCUGCUGGACGUGGACACAGAGGGUCAGAAACGGGAUUGCACUGUUCCCCUCUGUCGAAUUCAGAGUACCCCAAGUCGUCCCUCUGUGUUUGAACUGGAAAAGGAGUUUUUGUCCUGAAAUAAGCUGCCUCUCCUCCUGGAGCACGAACCAUGUUUUGACUUGACGAAAGAGUUUCCACUUUUCAGGAUUCACUAAACAUCCUAUGGCUUUUCUCCUGAUAUGAAGCUAUUGCUGCUGGAGUUAUCAUGUUUAUUUAUAUUCAGUUUAUAUUGUUAAAUAAUUUAAUAUGAAAGGACAUAUAAAGAGAAUGAUCAACAUUCCAUUUUACUGAAGAAUUCCCGUGUGUAGCCUAUAUGUUUAUACACUACUGCUUGACUUGUGCACAUUCCCUAUGAAGGGGCAAGAUCUCUGCAUAUGAUGGUACUACUGCUGUUGUAUUGUAAGUGUUUUUUUUUUUUUUUUUGUAUUAGACACAUGAUCAUUUUUCACAUUUUAUGUUCGACCUGGAUAAUCCUGGAGAUUAGAUUUUAUUUUAAGAAAUGAAAUCGAUUGUUAGAAUACUACUGAUAUUAUCAAAUUAUCUCAGUCCCCCCGCAACUCCCCCUUUUUAUUUGUUGUGUACUUGGGCAUUAUAGCAGAACAGGUAGAAGAACUGAUGUAUGGUGCGAAACGUGUCUCUAUAUGAAAGUUCACCCCAGUGAGGUCAGCACUCACCAGUACUAUAGGAGAAAAAUGCUAGUUCCCUGAGGAAGUUAGGAUCAUAUGACAGCAAAGGGACAAAAUGACUUCCCCUGCUUUAACUGGUAAUUAUCUGCUUUUAACCAUUUCCAGCAAAUAGUGACACCUCUUUUCCAUGAUGUUCUCUGUAGGCGUUUGAUCUAGUUUGGCAUGAUUGGAUCAGCAUAAUUAAGCAUUGUGCAGUCAGUAUUAUAAUAAUCAGCAUUGCUCUUCUAUGUAUAUGUUUGAUGGAAAUGUCUCGCUGCCUUUCCACAGAGGAUCUUUGUUUGAAUUCAUCACACCUGAGAAACCAACAUUUCUCAUCUAUCUAGAAGUGCAUUUUACUCUGCCUGGUUAAACUCAUGGUUUACUUUACAAAAUGAAUAUGAAGACGCACAUGUAUGUGCUCUAGCUCUACCUCGUCAGUGUUCUGUUGUGAUGUUGGCACAAAUGUGUAAAAAAAAAAAAAAAAAGGUACCACUUGUACUUGUUAAGACAUGCCAGAAGAUCCACAAAGCAUCUGCAGGUGAAGACUGAAGAAAUAAACUCUCACAAUAUUUGUAUUUUAUUUAAUAGAGCAUGGUACCAUUCCCCUGUUUCCAGAGAUCCCUUAACGUUACGUUGUGCAAAUUUUCUGACUAAUGUCUUUGUUUAUUUUUACAAAACGUAAAAAAUUACAUAUCCCCACAAAUCAUAUUUCUAGGAUAACAUUACCUGAAGUAAUGUGUGUAAUGUAUUCAGAGGAAUAGCUGUGAUAAUUGCAUAUCCUGCCCCAGUAUCCUUUUGGGUUUUGAAGUUAAAUGAAGUCUCUUCAUUGCAUAUACUCUAGUAUUCAAUGUAGAGUAAUAAUUGUUAUCAUGCUGUUUUAUUGUUUUGGGCAUUAGUGACCCAUUGUGUCUUAUUGAUUAGAUUUUAUGUGACUUUGAGCUAUGAAGAGACAUAAUAUUGACCUUAUUUGCUGUUCAUUAAUCUGGAAGCCACUUUUAAUGCAUGCUUCAACAUGCAGAGUAAUGACAAUAUUUUCACCCUCUUUAAUCAUAAAACUUUCACUUAUUUCUUAAUUAUUGUUGUCAAAGAGUUCAAGUUCAUGGCAGAAUUGAAGUCUGGGUUUUUUCUCAAUGCUCUGUGGUCCAUUCAGGUUAUUCUUUUCUGAACGGUCCACAAUAUCAGAGCAUGUUGCUACUACUAGGGGUAUUAACAUCUAAGAUGAAGGUGCUGCAAAGUAAAAAAUACAAACACAGUGAAUUAAAUAAUUAGACAUAAUUAAUGUAUGUCUUUUAAAAAAAGUUAUCCUAACAACUGUUGACGAAACAAAUCAAUGACAUAAUGAAGGUUUUUCAUUCUAACUGGGCGGGAGGUGUUUGAGCAUACUAGGACCAGGAUGUGAUAAAGCAUGAUAAAUGACGCCCAGUGUUUCAGACUUUAGUAGCUUUUCCCUUUUUCAUUUUACAUUGCUAUGUGGGAUAAUGGUGUCUCUCCUAACCACACCUUGGGAAUUUGAGUAAACUCAGCUUUGACAAUUUUUUACUAGACAUACUUUACACCACAAUUCAACUUCAACUAGUUAUUAUUAGUAAUUAGUACACAAAUUGUGAUGCACCCCAUUUGUCUUGGUUAAUUUUUUUGCCCUUUACCCGCUUUGUAAGAGCCAGGAUGGCAUGACCUUUGACCCUUGAUCUCUUCAAAAUUAAAAAAAAAAAGCAAAACAAAUCACUAUCAAAGUGCAUAUACUCCAGUUUUCCAUAACGUUAAAACCAUUGCUGGGUAAUAUAGUAGACAGUAAGUGCAGUAACAUUGCGAUCCAUAAAGGCACCAUAUCCAACUAACAGGCCUUAAAGCAUCUGUUGCUAACUCCUUGGCCUAUGAGUCUAUGCCUCAAUGUGUCAUAGCUGCUUUGUUAAAAUUAUGGCGCGUACAUGUUGGUAGCAUGCAGAAGUUUAGGCAUCUUUGCACCACCAUUUUUGUACCAAAUAUGUUGCUGUGAAAAUCUAAGUAAGAUAAGUAAGAUAAGUUAAACAUGAUGGCUCAUUCAAUUAUGUUAAGCAAAACGACAACUUAGGAACAACUACUGUGGUGAGCAUCACAGAUUGUUUUACAUCUUGUAGCAGCUAAGAGCCUGAGAGUUCUUGUUUGGGAGGUCUUGUAAUGUCUUGUGUGUAAUGCUUUUUUAAAAUCUAUCAACAGAUUCUCAAAUAUUUUAAGCUUUGCUGGUUAUGAGCACCAAGACAAGACCUAGACCAGUGUACCCACUCUGCAGUCUGCUAAACCUUACUUUCUGUGCUUUGCAGUCGAGUCAAAGCUUUUGAUUAGUUAGAUUAGUCUUUCUUUCAAUCCUAUCCUAUCCUUUUCUGAAAGUUUUCAAACUCUUACAGGCCUUAUUGGAACUUCCGCCAUUCCUGUUAACUGCCCUUUUAUUUAAUUACGUUGUGAAUAGAGAAAACAGCCAUUGUGUUACAUCUUUAACUUUAUGCCUUUUGGAGAUUCUGUUAUCAUUUAUUUAACUGUUCACAGUAACAUCCAUUUGCCUAAAGUUUAACUAGAGUGAAUAUAUGAAAUAUAUGUAUAUGCAAAACGAAAAUCCAUUACAUAUCUACCAGAUCCAAAUCUGCCCAAUAAAAAAUGCACUCCAAUCUUGGAUACACAGACAGCAUUAUUAAUAUGUUAAUAUGUUUGAUAAUUGUCUCCUGGUGAAAUCUGCUGAGACUUUCUGAAUUUCAAAAUAUUGCAGUAUACUUUGCAAAAAAAAAAGGUUAAAGAUGUUUUUAAUAUUGUGCAACCCUGUUUUCACUUUAAUCAAAGUUAUUCUAGUAGUCUCCAGAGGAAAAGGAUUGUAAUUUCGGCAGUUAACUCAUUUGUUAAGGUCUAUAAUUUGAACAGGUUGGCCAGUUUUUGUUGUUUGCCAUCAAAACAUCCCGAUUUAUCUGCAUAUUGAAUGUGGUGAUCUUGGUGUCCUUUUAUGUAGCACUGUGAUUUUCCUUUUUUUUUUUUUUUUUUAUAUGAUUUUUAUUAUUAUUGUGUAAUGAUGUUUUAGAUGAAAUAAAAGCUAUUUUAAGGUGUUAUAUAGACAUAACUGGAAUUGUGCUGUUGCACAGUUGAUUAACAUGAACAAAAAAUGUAGAUUGUGGUUUAUAUGAUGUCAAUACAGUCAUUAUUUUUUACUGAAAUGAAGUGACCGUACAAUAGAAUGUCUGGAGAGACACUGUGGUAGAUAUACUGUAUUUUUCAAGCACAGUCAUUAUUUAGACUAUAGACUUACAUGCGUAUUCUUCUGGACAUUAUCUUGUUGAAAGGACCCUGAAAUGCAUAAAUGAACUGAAACGUUUACUGGAUUUGGGGACCAAAUGACAAAUUGUCACCUUCUGUAAUUUUCACCAAAGUUGAACUUUCUUUUUUGAAGAGGCAAACCAGCAGUUUGGUUUGUAAAAAAAGAUUUAAACUGAAAUACAACAUUUUUACAUAGUUUUUACACAUACUUUAUUUUAGUCAAUACAGUGGCUUCUUGCAUUUUGGAAUCCUUCAGUGUGUGUCUGACCCAGAUGACCAAAUCAAUGUGAAAUGCUGUUUCUCUGAUGAUGGGUUGCUUUACCAGCUGUUUGCUUCAAUAAUGGUUAAUGGGUUGAUCCCAGAGUCACUAUCACUAUUAUAUUUUACACAGAUCAAUAAAUCCUUUAUUCCUUA